AUGAAAAUUAAACUGAAGUUUCCGAACCCAGGAUUGGAGAACCGCAUCGCCACUCAUGGAGAGCUGGAAAAGAUGGAGGUUGAAGAAGCAGGCGAUCGGCCCAAGUGGGACAACAAAGCCCAAUACCUGCUCACCUGUGUGGGCUUCUGCGUCGGGCUUGGGAAUGUGUGGAGGUUUCCUUACUUGUGUCAGAGUCAUGGAGGAGGAGCCUUCAUGAUCCCAUUCCUCAUUCUACUGGUCCUGGAGGGCAUCCCUCUGCUUCACCUGGAGUUUGCCAUCGGCCAACGCUUGAGGAAAGGAAGCGUGGGCGUCUGGAGGUCGAUCAACCCCUAUCUGACUGGAGUUGGUAUCGCCUCCCUGCUCACCUCUUUCUUGGUGGGGGUCUACUACAACACCAUCAUGGCUUGGAUCAUGUGGUACCUCUUCAACUCCUUCCAGGAUCCUCUCCCAUGGAGUCAGUGUCCUCUGGACCAAAACAAAACAGGUCUGGUGGAAGAGUGUGCGCGGAGCACCACGGUCGACUACUUCUGGUACAGAGAAACUCUCAACACAUCGACAAGGAUAGAUGAGUCGGGAGGUCUGCAGUGGUGGAUCGUGCUCUGCCUGGUGGCAGCCUGGACCCUUCUGUAUGUUUGCUGCAUCCGUGGAAUCGAGACUUCAGGGAAGGCCGUCUACAUCACAUCCACCCUGCCCUACUUGGUGCUGACGAUCUUUCUCAUCAGAGGACUCACUCUCAAAGGCUCGGUGGAUGGAAUCAAGUUCCUCUUCACCCCAGAUGUAAAUGAGCUGAUGAAUCCAUCGACCUGGCUGGACGCCGGCGCCCAGGUCUUCUACUCUUUCUCACUGGCUUUCGGAGGCCUCAUUUCUUUCUCCAGCUACAACUCUGUUCACAACAACUGUGAGCAAGACGCUGUUCUCAUCUCCAUCAUUAACGGCUGCACCUCCGUGUACUCCGCCACUGUCAUCUAUUCCAUCAUUGGCUUCAGAGCCACUCAGAAGUUUGAUGAGUGCAACGGAGACAACAUCAUGAAGCUGAUGAACGCUCUGAAUUUAGCAGAGGGAUCCGUCACUGACAGCAACUACACAGACGUUCUGCUCCACUACAACCAGACCAACCCGGACAUCAUUGCUGGUCUUGAUAUUGUGAAGUGCGACCUGCAGAAAUUGCUCACUGAGGGAGUUGAGGGCACAGGUUUGGCUUUCAUCGUGUUCACCGAGGCCAUCAUCAACAUGCCAAUUUCCCCCCUCUGGGCUGUGCUCUUCUUCAUCAUGCUGUUCUGUCUGGGCCUGUCAACCAUGUUUGGAAGCAUUGAAGGAGUGGUCGUUCCUCUGGUGGACUUAGGAGUGCUGCCCAAGAGAUGGCCCAAAGAGGCCGUCUGUGGUCUAACGUGUCUCGUCUCGUUUCUGUUGGGGCUUUUAUUUGCUCUGAGAUCUGGAAACUACUGGCUGGCUCUUUUCGACACCUUUGCCGGUUCAAUUCCUCUCCUGGUCAUCGGACUUUGUGAAAUGAUAGCGGUUAUCUACAUCUACGGAAUAGAUCGGUUUAACAGGGACAUCGAGUUUAUGAUCGGACACAAGCCCAAUAUUUUCUGGCAGGCGACCUGGAGGGUAAUCAGCCCCCUCAUCAUGGUGGUCAUCCUUGUCUUCUACUUGGUAACCCAGGUGACGAAAGAGCUCACCUACUUGGUCUGGGAUGAGGAUUCGGCCUCCUUUCCAGUGCUGGCACCUACGCCAUACCCGUCAUUUGUGUACGCCAUCAUCUUUAUUCUCGCCGGAAUUCCUAGUCUAGCCGUUCCAGGAUUUGCCAUUUAUAAGUUUAUCCAGAGGAGACUCUGCAAGAGCAGGGGCAACAGUGGUGACACUGUCAAGAGCAUAUCUGGGAAAUUGUAGCUACAAUAAUCCUGCAACAUUUAUUUCUCUGGAAACCAGUGUAUUAUAAUGCAUGUAUUUGCAAUUGUAUACAAAUAAAGUAGCAGCUCAGGGGGGGAGCUGAGGAUCAUCCUACCCCUGUUCUCGAGUAGAAAGGCAGAGUGGCUUCAGGAUCUUCUACAUGCUUGAUGAUAGAUAAACAUAACAUAGAGCGGGCUGAUCUUAAUAAACCAGAUAUUUUAAUAACCCGCUGUUUUACAAGUGUUGUUACCAAAUUCCCGCCCUGCUAUCAUAAUAACCCUGCUGCUCUAUAAAUCAGCUCAACAGUGAUGAUCAUUCUAUGUUAAAGAAAAAACCAUGUCCAACUUCUGAAAUGAACGUUGGUAGCCGCUGAACCAAUAAAUCUCCGUGCUGGAAGUAGUUCACACACAGCAUUAAUGUGUGUUCAUAAUCUUUGUACGUUAUCUGAU